AUACACACACGCCCUAUCCCAUUGCCCGUCCCGGCGCUGCGGCUGCCAAACCCCCCCCCAAGCGCGUCUAAGCGACCAAAGAGCCUCCUGUCACCCACUUCGACCUGCCCAAGUCGCCUCUCUCGCAUCCCUUGGCGCCGACGUGCCCCUCUAUCAGGUCCGAGGGGUGCGGUGGCCGCACAUGGGAGAUAGUCUCGUAACAGAUAUGACGGCUCCCGUGGGCAAAGUAGAGGCUUCGCGCGACGCUUCGACCUCGUCUAUCGGAUCGUCGCCCGAGCCUGGCCUGACCGAAACAUAUCCCCAGGAAGAGCCCCAGCAGCAGAAGCGCAAAGGCGGCCGUAAACCUAUAUAUGCCACGUCUGAAGAGCGCAAGCAGCGCAACAGGCAGGCGCAAGCCGCCUUCCGUGAGCGAAGGACAGAGUACAUCAAGCAAUUGGAGAGCACCAUUAAGCAUCAUGAGGACACGCUCCAGAACCUGCAAAACAGUCACCGCAACGCCGCCGACGAAUGCCUUAUGCUCCGCUACAAGAAUUCGCUGCUCGAGAGGAUUCUGCUAGAGAAAGGCAUCGACGUCCAGGCUGAGCUGCGCGCAAAGACUGGCAGUCCCAAUCUGGCUGCUACGAGACCUGCAGUCUCUGCGCAUACGUCGCCCAAUCAGGCUCCGCUCCAACAUCGUGCCAUUCUGAACAGACAACAGCAGAGACGCUCCCUCCAAGGCCCACUCAAACUUGACACCCCUAAUGGACUUGCCAUGAUACAGCCCGAUGGUCCCAUCCAGCCAUCUCCCUUGUCCCAGCCUACUCCCGGCUCCCAUCUCUCGUCGCCUGCUCAGUCAGCAACGCGAUCACCCAACUUUCUGCCUCAUGGCCAAUCAGUAUCACCCAACUUUGGGCCCAUACCUCCACAGCAGCAGCAGCAGCAACAGCAACAGCAACAGCAACAGCAACAGCCCCUGCGGCCACAACCACCUAGGUCAAGCUUUACCCCCAUGAUGGGCCCCCAAAGGUCUUCGCUAGUGACAAACCAGCCUUCUUCCAACGGCAUGCCAAAUGCAUCCACUGGUGGCAAUAAUGGAAAUGGCAUAACGCAAAGCAGUGGUUCUUCGUCAUUCUACCAGACGCAGUUCACAGAUCACAUGAGUCAACUGGGCAAGCUGACCCGUUUCUUAUCCCCUCUUAGGUAUAGAGCUUUGUAAUCCUAGGCUAAUCUCCUCCUACAGAGCAGGAGUACGACGAGCAAGCAGACUCCUACGACCACGACGACCCGAGCGAUCAUUCUGCCGGCCCUGGCCCCUUUCCUCAGCAAAACUUCCCGCCCUCAAACA